AGGUGUGCAGAUUGACCGGGAGUCGGAAGUGCGUUUAAUCAUCUGUUCACGCGAGUAGUCUCGGCCCUCCGUUGUAUUCAUCCUCGGCCAUGGGAGAGGAGGCGACGGCGACGGCGAACGGCCCGAGCGGGGUCCCGGGUCGGGUCAUCGACGGCCCGACGAACCCGAUGGUCACCCCGCUGCUCACGGAUCUCUACCAGUUCACCAUGGCCUACGCCUAUUGGAAGGCCGGGAAGCAUCAGGAGCGCGCCGUGUUUGAUUUAUACUUUCGCAAGAACCCAUUUGGUGGUGAAUAUACCAUAUUUGCGGGUUUGGAAGAAUGCAUAAGGUUCAUCGCCAAUUUCAAAAUCACUAAGGACGAGAUUUCUUUUAUCAAGCAAUGCUUGCCACCUUCAUGUGAGGAUGGAUUUUAUGAUUAUCUCAGAGAAGUAGACUGUUCUGAUGUUGAAGUGUAUGCCAUUUCCGAAGGGUCAGUAGUUUUUCCAAAGGUUCCCCUGCUGCGAGUUGAAGGGCCAAUUGCUGUUGUCCAACUGCUCGAAACACCAUUUGUGAACCUUAUAAACUAUGCAUCACUAGUGACUACGAAUGCAGCAAGGCACAGAUUUGUUGCAGGAAAAUCAAAAAAUUUACUUGAAUUUGGGCUUCGACGAGCUCAGGGGCCUGAUGGUGGAAUAGGAGCAUCCAAGUACUGCUAUAUGGGUGGAUUUGAUGCAACAAGCAAUGUUGCUGCUGGGAAGCUGUUUGGCAUACCACUUCGAGGAACACAUUCCCAUGCUUUUGUUAGUUCAUAUAUGAAUAUAGAUGAGAUAGCAGAGAAGUCUCUAUGCAGUUCUGAUGGCGCAACUACGUGUGAGGAUUUUGUUAACCUGGUUCAAUCAUGGUUGGAAAAAAUCCAGCGGUCAAAAUCGUUACAUGGCAUAUUUGGUGAGACCAAUCAAAGUGAGCUAACAGCAUUUACUUCAUAUGCCUUGGCAUUCCCCACCAACUUUCUGGCUCUCGUUGACACAUAUGAUGUUAUGAGAAGUGGAGUUCCAAACUUUUGUGCAGUGGCGUUAGCACUCCACAGUUUGGGAUAUAAAGCAGUAGGCAUCAGGUUGGACUCCGGCGACCUAGCGUAUCUGUCCUGUGAAGCUCGUAAGUUCUUUUGCAGUGUUGAGAAGGAAUUCGGUGUGCCUGAUUUUGGAAAGACAACUAUCACUGCGAGCAAUGAUCUCAAUGAAGAAACUUUAGAUGCCCUAAACAAACAGGGUCAUGAAGUUGAUGCAUUUGGCAUUGGAACCUAUUUGGUCACCUGUUAUGCUCAAGCUGCUCUUGGUUGUGUAUUCAAGCUUGUUGAGAUAAAUGAUCAGCCACGUAUCAAACUGUCAGAAGACGUUUCAAAGGUAUCUAUUCCUUGUAAAAAGAGGAGUUACAGAUUAUAUGGGAAAGAAGGUUAUCCGUUGUUGGACAUAAUGAUAGGGGAAAAUGAACCGCCUCCGAAGGUUGGAGAAAGGAUUCUCUGCCGUCACCCUUUUAGUGAAUCAAAGAGAGCCCAUGUGGUUCCACAGCAUGUUGAGGAGCUGCUGAAGUGUUAUUGGCCUGGAUUAUCUGGUAAACGAAGAGAAGAGUUGCCUCCUCUUAAGGAAGUGAGGGAGCGCUGCAUGAAUCAGCUAGACCAAAUGCGCCCAGACCAUAUGAGGAGACUCAAUCCGACGCCCUACAAGGUGAGCGUGAGUGCAAAAUUGUACGAUUUCAUUCAUUUCCUGUGGCUCAACGAGGCACCCGUUGGAGAGUUGGAGUGAAGACAGUUCAGUGUCUUCGGGGCAGUGUUAAACUGAAUAAAUUCUGAAUAAAUUCGCCAUUUAAUUUGUUGGACAAUAAAUCGAUUUCCAUUGUUUAAUAGGAUGUGUGCCUUCCUUUUCUCUUUCUCAAAGGAGAUGAUUCACCUUCAAAUAUUUGUACAUAUAUAGACUUCUUUGUUUGCAGUCCUAAACGCCACGGUGGGCUCUGGUUGAUAAGUA